AUGAAAAUGCGCCUCCCCUUGCCCCUCCCAACCCCAAUCCCAACCCCCGCCCUCAAAAAAAACCUCUACAUCACAAUCGCCUCCCUAAUCCUCCUAACCUUCGUUCUCAUCAUCGCCCGCAUAGCCGAUAAAGGCACCCCCUCCACAAGAACGAACACAUGGGGUAUAGCAGUCUGCAUAAAAGCAGCCCUCUUCCUACUCUACCAAACCCUAACAACCUACCAUCACAAACUGCGCAAAUGGGCCAGUUUGAAAGCGAACAUGACACUGGAUAUCAUCGACACGGUGUUUUGGUUCGUGCUGUUUGUUAUUAGUAUUAUGGGGGCUGUGGGGGGGAGGAGUGCUAGUAGUCAAGCCUUGGGGGCGGUUGUGGCGGGGUUGGCGCUUGUGCUUUGUGGGAUUGUUGGGUUUUUGUCGGUUGUUUGUGUGAGGGAGUAUAGUGUGUGGAAGAGGGGUGGGAACGCGAAUGUGGAUGUGGAGGCCGGUGUAGAGGGUGAUUAUAAGGCUGGAGAUACGGUUUGA